AUGGACGACUAUGAGGAGGCCGUACUCUUCACAAUCACGCUCCUGGAAUCGCGACUUGACCGGCUUGAAUAUGUUCUGAGCGGAGCAAAUCAACAGGAUGAAGAGAAACCGAGGACAUUACAAGAGCGUGUCAAGCGUAUCGAGCGUUUGCUGCAGGAGCUCUCCGCGAAGACUGCUCUGCUGAAUGAAGUACGAGAGCUGACAUCAAAGCAUUCUGGUCUUCUUCGGGAUAGUAAAGCGACCAAUGAUAGGAAUGAUGCAGGCCUCAGCGUUCAAGAGAAGGCAGCUCUAGUUCUGGAACGCGCACCCGCAUUCGCGACGACCGCUUCCCAGCUUAAAGCUCUGGAUGACCAACGGAUUCCGGAAACAGAAGGAUUCACGAAGUUGGUUAAGCUUCGUCCCAGGAUCGCAGAGGCUGAGGCGCGCCAUCUCCAACAGGCUCUCGAAAUCUCGUUGCUCCGGAGGAGAAAUGGGUUGCUCUGUUCGAAAAUCAAGCACAUACAUCUCCUGGGCCAGGGACGCUGUUGGGUAGAAUGGCACAAGCGCCUUGUGAACGCUGAAAGAACCGUGACGCGAACCGAGUUCAAGCAUAAGCAGCUAGAAGAGGAGGGCUGA